UCAAGUGUGUAAAUUUUCCGCAGCGUAAACAGGUGUAUAACGCAGGAGUGAACCAUUCAUUGGGAGCAGUCGAUCGAGGGCAGAUCAUAAUAUAAACACAAACACCAGAGCCAGCUAUUGUAUAGUGAAUAAUUAUAAUAUAGGAAUAUGUCUACUGACCAAGAGAAAGCUGGACCACCGCCCUCAUACAACCAAGCAGCAUAUCCUAACGCCCAGCCUCAGUAUGGGUACGGGAACCAGUACAACCAGUAUCCCGGAAGUCAAUAUCCACCGCAAGGUGGCGUCCAGGGACAGUAUCCUGGAAGUCAAAAUCCACCCGGCCAAUAUCAGCAGCACAAUGUUGUGGUUGCCCAGCCCGGGCCUACAAUGGUGGUAGCCCAGCCCCCACAACAAGACUGGAUGGUACCCGCCAUUUUAUCGUGUUUGUGCUGCUUCUGGCCAACAGGGAUCUUCGCUAUCCUUGCUGCUAAUAAGGCCAAAAACGCUGCUCAAGUUGGCAAUGUCGUGGAAGCGCAGGAACAGGCGGGACGCGCGCGCACACUUGUCAUCGUUUCCGUUGUCAUCGGAGUCAUCGUCAUCGCACUUAGCGUGAUACUGCGGGUGGUCCUCUAUUCUAGUAGCAGCUACAGACAUUACUAAAACAACGGUCUUAUUGUGAUCUUUUUGUGAGGACUAUAAUUAAUACUAAUUUAUGGGUCUGCCAUGGUGUUUUUUAUGCAGAUUCUGGAAAAUAUUCAUGUAUGUACAGUGUAUAUCACCGUAUACUAAGAGUAUGCUGAAAAGUUAAAGUGUGUCAAGUCAAGUUUAUACUGGAUUUCAUUUAGGAAAUUUUCAGUUAUUUUCUGCUUUUCAAAACCAAAGAUAAUUUGGCAGUUUUACAAUAUGUUCAUAACUUGAUAUGUGGUGUUUUUCUUUAUUUUAAAUAUCAUCCGUAAUUGAAUAUUCCGGGUAAUAUAAUUUUAGGUCUGUCCGUCUGUCUGUUUGUCUGAUAAUCUUAUUGUCUGUCUGCCAACAAAAUUAUCUUGCCUUUAUUACUUUUAAGUGGUUGGUGCUGGUCUUACAUUUUAUACACGUGUAUUCCUUUGUAACAAGACCUUCCUUCCGGUACCAAUAUAUUUUACCUUGUCACCUUGACCUCGGAGUUUGAUUUUCUUUUUCAAGAUUUUUCCAAACCUUAACCCCAAACAUAAUUUUGGAACGAUUGGUGCUAAUGCUUUUAUAUUUCAAAUACGUAUUCAAUGUGACAAGAGCUUUUUGUUUGUACAAAUAUUUUUUUUAAUGGUUGGCUUGACCUAGGAAAUUUGAUUUGCAUAUUUGGAUACUUUAUUUUAAGCUCGAACAUUUUCGGGACAUCAAUGUUUCAAAAGCACUAUUCUUGACUUAUUAAUACAAUAUACACACUGUAACUGUUUUGCAAAUUUCAUGUUUCAUUUUCUUCAUCAGGUAUAAUCUCAUGCAUACAUGUAUAUUUCAACUUGUUAACAGUUCAAAGCCAGCUGAUGAGGAGACAACAUUGUUUAUAUGUCAUAAGAAAUUUCGUACAAUAAAUGUUAGCUAUUUUACAUGUAGGUUAAUUAGAUUAAAUUGAGAUUACUGUGUUAACACAUACCUUAUUUUCUUUUUUUAUUGUAAAUGUUAUUGAACUCAGUGUAUUGAAUUCUGGGUCGAGAAAGUUGUGAUUUUUUUUUUACAACCAAUAUAUACUAAUAUUUUUUCUGUGACUCAUUAAUUAGCUGUAAACUUGUAACAAAUAAAUUUUCUUGUUGAAUUAA